CCGGGCCAGGCAAGAUGGCGGCCAUGGAGACCGAGGCGAUGCCGCUGACCCUAGAAUCGCUGCCCACCGACCCCCUGCUCCUCAUUUUAUCCUUCUUGGACUACCGGGAUCUAAUCAAUUGUUGCUAUGUCAGUCGAAGACUUAGCCAGCUAUCAAGUCAUGAUCCUCUGUGGAGAAGACAUUGCAAAAAAUACUGGCUUAUAUCUGAGGAAGAGAAAACACAGAAGAAUCAAUGUUGGAAAUCUCUCUUCAUAGAUACUUUCUCUGAUGUAGGAAGAUACAUUGACCAUUAUGCUGCUAUUAAAAAGGCCUGGGAUGAUCUCAAGAAAUAUUUGGAACCCAGGUGUCCUCGGAUGGUUUUAUCUCUGAAAGAGGGUGCUCGAGAAGAAGAUCUAGAUGGUGUGGAAGCGCAAAUAGGUUGCAAGCUUCCUGACGAUUAUCGAUGUUCAUAUCGUAUCCACAAUGGGCAGAAGUUAGUGGUUCCUGGGUUGUUAGGCAGUAUGGCACUGUCUAAUCACUAUCGGUCCGAGGAUUUGUUGGACGUCGAUACAGCUGCCGGAGGAUUCCAACAGAGACAGGGCCUGAAAUAUUGUCUCCCUUUAACUUUUUGCAUACAUACUGGUUUGAGUCAGUACAUAGCAGUGGAAGCUGCAGAGGGCCGAAACAAAAAUGAAGUUUUCUAUCAAUGUCCAGAUCAAAUGGCUCGCAAUCCAGCUGCUAUCGAUAUGUUUAUCAUAGGUGCUACUUUUACUGAUUGGUUUACCUCUUAUGUCAACAAUGUUGUAUCAGGUGGCUUCCCUAUCAUCAGAGACCAAAUUUUCAGAUAUGUUCAUGAUCCAGAGUGUGUAGCAACAACUGGGGAUAUUACAGUUUCAGUUUCCACAUCGUUUCUGCCAGAACUUAGCUCUGUACAUCCACCACACUAUUUCUUCACAUACCGAAUCAGGAUUGAAAUGUCAAAGGAUGCACUGCCUGAGAAGGCUUGUCAGUUGGACAGUCGCUAUUGGAGAAUAACAAAUGCUAAAGGUGAUGUAGAAGAAGUUCAAGGGCCUGGAGUAGUUGGUGAAUUUCCAAUCAUCAGCCCAGGUCGAGUGUAUGAAUACACAAGUUGUACCACAUUCUCUACAACUUCAGGAUAUAUGGAAGGAUAUUAUACCUUCCAUUUUCUUUACUUUAAAGACAAGAUCUUUAAUGUCGCCAUUCCCCGAUUUCAUAUGGCAUGUCCUACAUUCAGGGUAUCUAUAGCCCGACUGGAAUCCGGCUUAGCUGAAUCCUCCACUUCAGGGUCUUUCACAGGCUGCAAUCAAGUUGUCAACUAUAGUCAUCUCUAGGCUCCACUGGGGAAUGAUCCACUUCCACGCUCGCAUCGUUGUUCGCAGAAUUCAGUUUCUCAUGGGCUGUUGAACUGAAGGCCUCAGUUCUUUGCUGGCUCUUGUCUGGAGGCCUCCCUCAAUUCCUUGCUACAUGGACUUCUCCAACAUGACAGCUUGCCCUAUCAAGCACACAAGCAGAGAAGACAAUGCGUUCUGCUAGCAAGUCUGAAGUCACAAUCUUUUGUAACCUCAUCAUGGAAGUUCAUCUCAUCACCUGUUCUGUGUUCUAUUGGUUAAAAGCAAAUUAGCCCCAGGAAUUAUACAAGGAUGUCAAUACCAGGAGGCAGGGAUCAUUGGGGGGCCAUCUAGAAAUCUGUCUACCACAACCUAUAAAUAAUGACAGUUUAUUUCUAACUUUCAAAAUUUUUAUACUUUUAAUUUCUUUUCCUUCCCCUAUUGUACUCCCUAGGAUAAUACCAAAUGCAAGAAAAGUGGUAUAAGCAGAAAUCUGUCUUAUUGCUGAUCUUAGGGGGAGAACAUUCAGUUGUUCAACACUAUGUAUGCUAUUCACUCUAGGUUGUUUUACUUUGUUUCUAACAGUUUUAUGGAAAUAUAAUUCAUGUGCCAUAUAAUUUACCUAUUUAAAGUAUAUAAUUCAGUGGUUUUUAGCAUAUUUACAGAGUUGUACAACCAUCAUUACAAUAUAAUUUUAGAACAUUUUCUUCACCCCAAAAAUAAACCUCAUACCCAUUAUGAAUCACUCCUUAGUCCUUCCUACCCCUUACGCAGUCCUAGGUAAUCACUAAUUUACUUUCUGUUUCUGUAGAUUUGCCUUUUCUGGACAUUUUGUAUAAAUGGAAUCAUACAAUAUGUGGUAUUUUGUGACAGGUUUCUUUCACUUAGUAUAAUGUUUUCAAGGUUCAUUCGUGUUGUAGGAUGAAUUACUACUUCAUUCCAUUUUAUGACUGAGUAAUACUCAAUUGUAAGGCUAUUACCAUAUUGUAUCAUCCAUUCUUCACCCAUUUUCUUAGGUGUGUUUAUCAUCUUUGGAGAAACUUCUAUUCAGAUCCUCUGCCCAUUUUUAAAUUGCAUUAUUUGUCUUUUUAUUGUUGAGUUUUAAGAGCUCUUUAUAUAUUCUGGGUACUAGUUCCUCAUCAGACAUUUUGUGGGUUAUCUUUUUGCAUUCUUAAUGGUAUUGUUUGCAACUUAAAAGUUUUGAUGUAGUCCAGUUUAUCUGUUUUCUCUUUUGUUGCCUGUACUUUUACUGUCAUCUCUAAGAAACCAUUGCCUGGUCCAUGGCACAAAGAUUUAUGCCUGUGUUUCCUUCUAAGAGGUUUAUGGUUUUAGCUUUUACAUUUAUGUCUUUGACUCACUUUGAGUUUAUUUUUGUUUAUGGUGUGAGAGUCCAUCAAUAGAUGAAUGAAUAAGCAAAAUGUGGUAUAUAGAUACAAUAGAAUAUUAUGCAACUGUGAAAAGAAAGUUCUCAUACAUGUGACACUAUAUUGAGUGAAAUAAGCAAGACACAAAGGGACAAAUAUUGUGUGAUCUCACUGAUAUGAAAUAAUAAAAAUAAGCAAAUUCAUAGAAUCAGAAUCUAGAAUAGAGGU